AUGGCGCGAGGGGGCGCUGUUGUGUGGCGCCCCGGCGUCGCGCUUUGGGGCAACCUCUUGCGGUCGCCGUUUGCUCCCUGUCAAGAUCAGCCGGAGAAAAAGGCCUUCGUCGUGAAGGUGGUUGGCAGGACUGGCUCCCGUGGGCAGGUUACCCAGGUUCGUGUUCGCUUGUUGGAUGAGUCUGAGAAGAACCGUCACAUCAUGAGAAAUGUGAAGGGACCUGUCCGGGAAGGCGACAUCCUCACGCUGCUGGAGUCUGAGCGAGAAGCAAGGAGGCUUCGCUGA